UGCAACCCUCUCCUCCGCAGCUCAAAGGAGGGAUAUACAAGCUGCACAGAACUGGGCGGGGGGGGGCACUGGUGGGGUCGACUGUGGCCAUUUUGGGGUGUUGAACUGUCUCCUCUAGACCAGCCUAGAUGAAACUUUCGUGGUUUUUGCUCUUCAUAUAAGAAAAGUUUUGCGAAGAAUGUUUUCACGCGAACGGAUGUUAUGGAGGGUGAGCUGUACAUACAGCACAGUCUGAACGAUAGGAUACAUUCUCACAUUUCAGCAACUAGCUACCAAAAUCUGGCUAAACUUUAUGUUUUUACCCAUGCGGGUGAGUGUUGAACUGUAUCUAGCUGGUGGAUAGCUCUAAAACCUGCAGACAACUCUACUCCCAGGGUAGCGCCACGGGGUGAAACUAUCUAGACCUCCACUGCCAGGGGGCGAUGUGGGUGAGUCCCAGGACUGCCACAUGCUUCCACUGAGUCCUCGAACCCUGGCGAAUGGGAUGGCGGCCCAGGCUCAGCUCCUAGCCCUGCUUCUCCUUCUCCUGUGGAGUCUGAUGUCCAGUGUGGCUGCUGAAGGUCCAGGAAGGCAUAAGAUCAGGUGGAGGCCAAAGGAGAACAGGAUCCACGCGGUCAGGCAGGACGGGGCCGGUGCAAGUGUCACAGCCGCCCCCACCUCUGAGCAUGAUGACGACAACUCGCUGGGCUACACAGGAUCGCGUCUGCGCCAGGAGGACUCCCCUCCCCGCAUUGUGGAGCACCCCUCCGACCUGAUCGUGUCCAAGGGCGAGCCGGCCACCCUGAACUGCAAGGCGGAGGGCCGGCCCACACCCACGGUGGAGUGGUACAAAGACGGCGAGCGCGUGGAGACGGACCGGGAUAAUCCACGUUCGCAGCGCAUGCUGCUGCCCAGCGGAUCGCUCUUCUUCCUGCGCAUCGUCCACGGGCGGCGUAGCAAGCCGGACGAGGGCAGCUACGUCUGCGUGGCCCGUAACUACCUGGGCGAAGCCGUCAGCCACAAUGCCUCACUUGAAGUUGCCAUCCUUCGUGAGGACUUUCGGCAGAACCCCUCAGACGUGAUGGUGGCAGCGGGCGAGCCGGCCGUGAUGGAGUGCCAACCUCCCAGAGGGCACCCUGAGCCCACCAUCUCCUGGAAGAAGGAUGGAGCAAACAUCGAUGACCGGGAUGAGCGAAUAACGAUCCGGGGCGGGAAGCUGAUGAUCACAAACGCACGGAAGAGCGACGCCGGGAAGUACGUGUGCGUGGGCACCAACAUGGUGGGCGAGCGGGAGAGCGAGAUCGCCGAGCUGACAGUGCUGGAGCGGCCCAGCUUUGCGAAGAGGCCCGGCAGCCAGGUGGUGCUGGUGGAGGAGAGCGUGGAGUUUCGGUGUGAGGCUCGCGGGGACCCCGUGCCCACGGUGCGCUGGAGGAAGGAGGAUGGAGACCUGCCCAAGGGGAGGUAUGAAAUCCGCGAGGACCACACCCUGAAGGUGCGGCGUGUGAGCACGGCCGACGUGGGCUCCUACACCUGCGUCGCAGAGAACAUGGUGGGCAAGGCGGAGGCUUCUGCUACCCUCACCGUCCACGUUGUUUCUGUGCCCCCGCUGUUCGCAGUCCGGCCCCGGAACCAGGUGGUGCCAGUGGGUCGUACCGUCACCUUCCAGUGCGAGGCUACUGGGAACCCGCAGCCAGCUAUAUUUUGGCAGAGGGAGGGCAGUCAGAACCUGCUGUUUUCAUCCCAGCCCCCCCAGCCCUCCAGCCGGUUUUCCGUCUCCCAGACAGGCGAUCUGACCAUCACGGACGUCCAGCGCUCCGACGGCGGGUUCUACAGCUGCCAGGCCCUCAACAUCGCCGGCAGUGUGAUCACCAAGGCUCUGCUGGAGGUCACCGAUGUGGUGUCCGAUCGGCCACCUCCGGUGGUCCGGCAGGGUCCGGCAAACCAGACGGUGUCGGUGGAUGGAACCGCGGUUCUCAGCUGUCUCGCCACGGGAAACCCCCCUCCCACCAUCCUGUGGAGGAAGGACGGAGUGCUCGUGUCCACCCACGACUCGCGGAUAAAGCAGCUAGAUACGGGCGCGCUGCAGAUCCGCUAUGCCAAGCUGGGUGACACGGGCAUGUAUACCUGUACCGCUUCCACACCCAGCGGAGAGGCGUCCUGGAAGGCCUAUCUAGAAGUUCAGGAGUUCGGAGUCCCAGUGCAGCCGGCAAGGCCAACAGACCCCAAUCUCAUCCCCAGCGCCCCCACUAAGCCAGAAGUGACCGACGUCACCCGCAACUCCGUCACCCUGUCUUGGAAGCCCAACCUCAAUUCAGGAGCCACGCCCACCUCCUACAUCAUCGAGGCCUUUAGCCAUGCCUCCGGCAGCAGCUGGCAGACGUUGGCAGACCAUGUCAAAAUGGAGUCAUUCGUCCUGAAGGGUCUGAGGCCCAGCGCUGUCUACCUGUUCCUGGUUCGGGCUGCCAACGCCUACGGCCUGAGUGACCCCAGCCCCAUCUCUGACGCUGUCAAGACACAAGACGUUCUGCCCACCAGCCAGGGCGUGGACCACCGGCAGAUCCAGAAGGAGCUUGGGGAUGUGGUGGUCCACCUGCACAACCCCACCAUCCUGUCAUCCUCCUCCGUCAGGGUGCAGUGGACAGUGGAGCAGCAGUCCCAGUACGUUCAGGGCUACAAGGUGAUGUACCGCCCCAGCCCGGAAGGCGGACAGCCUCGCGGGGAGUGGGGCGUCUUUGAGGUGCGCAGCCCGGGGGACGACAACGCUGUUGUGCCUCAGCUCAAGAAGGGGAUCACCUAUGAGUUCAAGGUGCGGCCAUACUUUAACGAGUUCCAGGGGACGGACAGCGAGGUGAAAGUGGCCAAGACACUGGAGGAGGUCCCCAGCGCAGCGCCCCAGGGGGUCACAGUGAGGAACAGCGAUAGCAAUGGCACAUCCAUCGUGGUCUCCUGGAAGCCACCGCCAGAGGAAGACCAGAAUGGCGUUGUCCAGGAGUAUAAGAUUUGGUGCCUGGGGAACGAGAGCAGGUACCACGUGAACCGUACCGUGGACGGGUCCACCUUCUCGGUGCAGCUGCCCAGCCUGUCCCCCGGGAUCCGCUAUAGUGUGGAGGUGGCCGCCAGCACAGGGGCUGGGCCGGGAGUCAGGAGCGAGGUCACCGUCUUCCAGCUGGCGUUAUAUACCUAUUUAUACAGCGGGAUCUCCACACUCAUUCCUCUCAGCAGAGCCCCUCCUUGGCAUAUUCUACUGGGCCUUUAUUUUAUAAUCUCAUGUCCUUGUUUGCUUAGUUUAUAUAAAUGGCAUAAAUAAGCAAUUCGUCCUUUUCAAGAGCCUGCCAGGUGCCUGCUUCAGGAUUAUAACUGCUGUCCUCUGUCUUAUAUUCUGAAAGGUCAAAGGUCAUCAUCUUGCCUCUAGCAUUGUUUUCUCUGCCUUGGCUGCAUUACCACGUUUGGCCUCAUCAGAAAUCCUGGCUUAUUCCAGAUCAUUUGUGCCAGA